AUGUGGGAUAGGAGGGCUUUAGAAAAAUUGGAGGUUCUGGUGGGUCAAUUUUCCGUUUCAGUUCGGUGGCAGGGUCUGGGGGAUGGUUUUAUUUGGGCUUGUUCUGGGGUUUAUGGUCCAAAUGAUAAUGACUUGAGGGGGCAAAUGUGGGAUGAGCUGGUGGGAAUUCAGCAACUUUGGGAAGUUCCAUGGUGUUACAUAGGGGGCUUCAACAUUAUUCGUUUCCCAAGUGAACGGUUGGGGGGAUCUCGGCUUACCUCGGCUAUGGAGAAUUUUUCUAAGUUCAUUGAGGAGCUUAGCUUGUUAGAUCUGCCAUUGGAAGGAGGGAGUUAUACUUGGUCGAGUGGGUCGGAUCAGCCCUCGAUGUCUAGGAUUGACAGGGUUCUAGUGUCUCAUGAUUGGGAGGAUCACUAUCCAGAAGUGAUCCAACGGGUUUUACCUCGUCCUAUUUCAGACCACUUCCCCAUAUUAGUGGAGGCAGGAGGGAUAUCAAGGGGGAAAAGUCCUUUUAGAUUCGAGAACAUGUGGCUAAAGACGGAAGGGUUCAAAGAUAGGGUUCACUCUUGGUGGAAUCGAUAUUCCUUCUCAGGUACUCCUAGUUUUGUUCUUGCCAAGAAGCUGAAGGCAUUGAAGGUAGAUAUUAUUCAGUGGAAUCGGAGUGAGUUUGGAAAUGUAGAGCGCCAGAAAAAAGAAUUGUUGGAGGCUUUGAAUGAAGAAGUCUCAUGGAGACAGAAAUCGAGGAUGCUUUGCAUUAAGGAAGGAGAUAACAAUACCAAAUUCUUCCACAAGGUGGCCAAUCCUUGGAGAAGGUAUAAUCAUAUUAGCAUGUUGGAGGUGAAUGAGGUUAUCUAUGAAGACGAAUCUGAGAUGGCAGACCAAGCAGUACAGUUUUACAAAAACUUAUACAAGGAAUCAGAGGAGUGGAGGCCUUUUGUGGAAGGUUUGGAGUUUGAUCAAAUAGAGGGGUUGGAAAGGGGCUGGCUUGAACGGAAAUUUGAACAGGAGGAGGUUUUUUGA